GCAGCAGCAUGAACCUGAAGAAGUACUUUGUUCGGGCCCUGCACCGCCUGCAGAAGGGCCCUGGCUACACCUACAAGGAGCUGCUGGUCUGGUACUGUGACAACACCAACACCCACGGCCCCAAGCGCAUCAUCAAAGAGGGGCCGAAGAAGAAAUUAAUCUGGUUCUUCCUAACGCUGCUCUUCGCGUCGCUGGUGUUCUGGCAGUGGGGCAUCCUCAUCAACACCUACCUCUCCUACAACGUCACGUCCUCGCUCUCCAUUGGCUUUAAGACCAUGAAGUUCCCAGCGGUCACGGUCUGCAAUGCCAACCCUUUCAAGUACUCCCAGGUGAAGCACCUGCUGGAGGACCUGGACAGGCUCAUCGAAGCGGCCCUGGAGAGGAUCCUGCAGCCCACGCCAGGGAACAGCA